AUGCCCCGACUGGAUGACAGCACCAUAUCCCUGCUCCGCGUCGGCCACGGUGCCCAGCGCCACGUCAAGCGCGUCUGGGAUGGCUUUGUUAAUUUCGCUGCUCGGGACAACGUCCUCGAGGUAGCUCUUGGUCUCAUGUUCGAGUUCCUCUCAACCGAAAACCCUGCUUUCACCAAGGUGGUCACUUCCUUUGUGUCAGACAUGGUGUUGCCGAUCGUGUCCAUGCUCCCCUUCUUGAACAAGAACAUGGACCAGAAAUUCUCAGUGCUCAGCAAAGGUCCAAACUAUACUGAGCCCCAGGGAUAUAAUACCGUCAUGCAGGCGAGAGAUGAUGGGGCACUAGUCCUGGCUUACGGGGUGUUUAUCGAAAACAUUGUCAAUUUUCUCGGCGUCAGUCUGACUCUGUACGCCGUUGCACAAUUGUACAUGUCCAUCUCGCAUCAGCGCAUUAUCAAGCCGACCAGACGGUGCAGGUAUUGCAAGAAGUUUAUUAGUGUGAAGGCUCUACGCUGCAUGUACUGUUCCAGUUGGCAGGACGGGAGGGAGGAUUUACCUGGCGAACAGGCACCUCUUAAUAACGAGGAUGAUGAAGACUCAUGA